CUCACAUCUCUUGGUUUACUGGUCAUUGCCCCUUCUCUUCCUGCUCUUUCUUUCUUGCUUUCACUCACAGAGAGAGACAGAGAGAGAAAGAGAUGGCUCAGGCUGAGCCCUUGGGUCUCUAUUUAUUAUUUAUCUUCUUUUCUGGCCUAUAAUGAACCAAGAUCUGAAACCUCAUCUUAUUCUUGUAAGAAGAUGGCGAAACAUUAUCCUCACUCAGCUGCAUUGCUUAAUGAUGCUCUCUAUUGCUCUGAGGAGAAUUGGGUGGAAGAAGCUAGAGAGAACUGUUUUCUUGAAGAAGAAGAAGAAGGCGGGGAGAGCUAUUGCUGUAAUAUCAAUAAGAAACAAGACAGUUCUUCAGUCCUUCUGUCAGAACCAGACUUGUAUUGGGAAGACGAUGAACUUUCUUCUUUGUUUGCUAAACAAGAGCAAAAUCAUUUGUUUAAUAAACUAGAAAUCAACCCAUCUUUAGCUGAGGCUCGCCGUGAAGCUGUACACUGGAUGCUCAAGGUCAAUGCACACUACUCUUUCACUGCUUUAACUGCAGUUUUGGCCGUCAACUAUCUUGAUAGGUUCUUGUUUAGCUUCCACUUUCAGACAGAAAAGCCAUGGAUGACCCAACUCACUGCUGUGGCUUGUCUCUCUCUUGCUGCUAAGGUGGAGGAGACACAGGUUCCUCUUCUAUUGGACCUUCAGGUGGAGGAGAGUAGGUAUGUGUUUGAGGCCAAAACCAUCCAGAGAAUGGAGAUUUUAGUGCUCUCUACUCUUCAAUGGAGAAUGAAUCCUAUAACUCCAUUAUCAUUUCUUGAUUUCAUUACGAGGAGGCUUGGCUUGAAGGACUAUCUCUGCUCGGAAUUUCUCCGGCGAUGUGAGCGCAUAAUUCUGUCUAUAAUCUCAGAUUCUAGGUCUAUGCAUUAUCUACCUUCUGUCAUUGCUGCUGCAACAAUGCUGCAUGUAAUUAAUGGCGUAGAACCCUGUCUUAGAGCUGAAUACGAAAGCCAGCUAUUGGGUAUUCUUGGAAUCGACAAGGACAAGGUGGAUGAUUGCAGCCAGCUCAUAAUAGAAAUGGCAUCAAGAUACCCUGGAAGCCAAUCAAACAAACGCAAGUUUAGUUCCGUUCCAGGCAGCCCAAACGGUGUAAUAGAUGUGUCGUUUAGCUCAGAUAGCUCAAAUGAUUCAUGGACAGUAGCACCAUCAGUGUCUUCUUCACCAAUGCCUUUGUCCAAGAAGAGCAGAGCACUGCAGAGUUUAAACCAUGCAACUGCAGAUUUUCUGAGCAUUCCUCGCUAAUUCCUAAUCACAUUUCCUCUUUUGUUCCCUUCAAUAGACUACCUCUGUAUGGUGAAUAAUUUUUAUGUUCUUUUUUCAUCAUGUGACAAGUUAAAUUGCCUACCAUCUCUGCUUCACUGCACUCCCAUCCUCAAUUUCUAGAAUCUGAACCAUUCUUUCAAGCAAUGGGAUCAGCUGGAAGCAGAGGUAGUUGGCAUUUUAUCCGGAAGUAAAGACCAUAAAAACAAAGCAACUUCUUUA